AAGCGCUUUUGCCUCCCCUCCUUGUUCUCUUUUAAAAACUCAUUCUUCAAAGCACAAGAUUCAGAAAGAAAAAAAAGGUCCCCGAGGAUCAUCAUUCCUACACCUCUUCAAACCCCAAAGAUCUCAAAAUAGUUUAAACAUCAUUCAAGAAGAAGAAGACAGAAACAAAAGAAAAAACACAAUGAAAGGUACUAGAAGAGGGAAAGGACCUCCUUCAGAAGAUCUUUUAGUCUGUUUUCCAUCUAGAGCCCAUUUAACUCUUAUGCCAAAACCAAUAUGUAGCCCAGCAAGACAUUCAGAUUCCAGUAAACGCCACCACAAUCAUGAUCUCAAGAAAAUUAGCACCAGAAUUGGUGGGGUUCCAGCUCAAUCUAGUCCGCUACUUUGGGCUAAAUCCAAGAAUUCAGAGAUAAUCUCAGAGCCCACUUCACCAAAAGUCACUUGUGCAGGGCAGAUCAAGGUAAGGCCAAAGGAGGGCAGCUCAUGCAAGAAUUGGCAAUCAGUGAUGGAAGAAAUAGAGAAGUUACACAACAGAAAGGCUCAAAAGAAGAAAGGUCCUAAUUGGAUGGAAGCAAUUGGAAUCAAGAAAGAUGUAAUGCAAUUCUUAACAUGUCUUCGUAACAUAAGGUUUGAAUUUCGAUGCUUUGGUUCAUUUCCAACAACAGCUCAUGACAUCACUUCUGAUGACGAGGAGGAGGAAGACGACGAGGAUGAAUUAGAAGAAGGAGGAAUGAAGAAUGAUCAUGACAAUGAUGAUGAUGAAGAAGAAGAAGCUUCAAGAACUGUAUUCUCCAAAUGGUUCAUGGUUUUGCAAGAUGAAAACCAGAAAACAAAGCGCGAUAAUAAUAAUGAUGAUGAUGUUCCUAAUUGUGUGCCACCACCUAAUGCACUUUUACUCAUGCGUUGUCGUUCUGCUCCCCCAAAAAGCUGGCUUCAAGAAACACAUAAACAACAAGAAGUAGAAGAAGAGGAGGAGGAGGAGGACAAUGAAGAAGAAAAGAAAGAGAAAUCAACAAUGGAAGGAAUUGAAAACAAUAAGAAAAACGAAAACUUAAUUUUAAUGAGAUAUGGGAAUGAUUUCCACAAAUUUUCUGCAGAUAUAGCAAAGGAGACAUGGGUUGUGGGUGGUAAUAGAGAUCAAUUAGCUAAAUGUCGAAGCUGGAAAAGAUAAUUAACGCGUCAGUUAAGAAAUUGCAGCCUUCCAAAUAACAUCAAGUUACAAAUGUUAGUACUUGUGAACCAACUCCUAAAGCGAAACAGGCAUAAGAAAAAGGAAAGAGCAAUAGAUCGGACCAGCUUACAAGAUCAACUUCAAGCUUAUUGUUUUUUUACUUACAUAAUUUUCUUCCGAUAGCUUUAUGUAUAUUUUUUCUGGUGUUUGGAUUUCUUAAUUAUUUUUGAGUUUGUGUUGGUUUUCUGAACUCUAAAGAAUCGAGCUUUUGGUAUUUGAUUCUCGGGAGUGCAGAACCGUUGUGUAUACUCUAGCUAAAGAAAAUUUCUUUCAAUUUUCCAGUUUUUUUGUGUGUGUUUGUAUGUAUUUUAGUGAAGGACUAUAAAAUUAUUUUCUUGUGAUAAGU